ACCAAAACUCUUGCUUUCGUGCCGCGAUCACUGUUCGUCGCCGUGCAAGCUCACUGAGCCUCACUCUGCUCGCUUCUAUUUCUACUUAAGACACUCUCUAAAAAAAAAAAAAAAAAAAAACACUGUUCAAAACCACACAACCUGACUAGUCACUAUUCCUAAAUAUCAACCAUAAUGGCUUUAGUCGCCGACCCCACACUCGAAGUAAUCCCAGACUUUGCCGGUAACGCAUACGCAGGAAUCCGCGCGGACCUCCAAGCGGCCACAAAUCAGACCGAAGAAGAAGUCGUGACACGCCUCUCAGACACAUGGAAUGCGGACCACAAUGCAAGGAUAGCAGAAUGGAAUCAAGAUCAAGAAGCAGAAGCCAGAGUAUUAGCAGAAGCGGAAAGAGCAAGAAUCACCCAGGAAGACGCAGAACGUGCCCAACGUGAAGCUGAAGCAGAGAAGGAGCGCUUAGAAGCAGAGAAGAAGAAACCGAAGAUGAACGGCUUCGAUGAAGCAUCAUCCGUAGGGGACUAUUUAACUCCUCGCCCUGCCCAAUAUGCGAUUCAGAAACUCACCAACUUUGAAUACGUAGAACUGUGGUAUUUCUCUCCGGAAGGUUGCAGAGAUGCCCUAAAGUCUUCGCGUUCGAUAGCAGAGAAUGACUUAAGCAUAACGAGGACCGACGACCAACUCACGCUGCGACCUACAUCAGCGUUCAAAGCGUCGAAGGCAGCCAUAGCAGACCACGAGUUAUCAUUCUCAAUUUUUCUACGAGCCAAGAAUCUGUUCCUCGUACAGAUAAGCAAAGCUAAAUGGCCCCGGCCUCACAUAGAUGCACUCUCCCUGUUUUUCUGGCACCUUGAGAACCACUCGAUACGGAACAACAGCGACAUUGGGGAUAUGGUGAUCCUGACGUACGCGUCCCGCGUACGUCAAGACUGGCACGAUCGUCUCAAACGAGACGAAGGUUUCAACAUCGGCAAUGUCAACGAGAACCUCAUCCGCAUGAUUAACGAAGAAUUGUGGGACAAAGUUCGAUCUCGCACAUUAAACGUCGUACGUCCUUAA